ACCCCACGCACACUCAUAACAUAAAAACACACUCACAUGUUCACACCGACGCACGCGCUCGUGCUCGCGCUCACAGUGCUGCAGGUAGUAACUCCUCCCCCUCCAUUCUGCCGUUUUAAACACAAUAACCGCCGCUUCUCUGGAUCUGUGGACAAACCGGCCUCAGGUCGGACGGGAUUUCUACGUUUCCUUCAGUUUACAGGUCACAGAUCUUCUGAGUGACUACAAAGUCAGUCUCUGACCUCUGACCUGCUCUGCUGACUGGCUUGUGUGAGGACCUCAGCCGUUGGUUCUUGUUGCAUUGAGGCUGGGCGGUGGUGAUGAAGAGAAGGAUGAGGUACCUUGACAGCUCAGCUGCACGUGUUGACGUGUAAAAGCACGCAAAGGUCAUCUCACCUGCAGCAGCUGCAGAGCAUGCAGACGGAGUGGGCUGAGUCUUUGAAAGUCAUGGAUCAUAUGGCGCAGAAGCUUUGGAAUUCUUUGAAAUCCUUGGCAUAAAGAAUAUUCCUUGAAAUACCAAAAACUAAAGCUGAUUAUUCACUGGAUUGUUGAACCAAAUGGAUCCUUAAAAACAGAACCAUUUGACAUUGAAAUUUCACAAAUACAGUGGAAUUUACAACAAAGGACAUAAAACCUUUGGAACUGUGAGAACUAAAACCUGGGAUACAAAACUGGAUGUCCUUUUUGAAUCUUGUUUUUUUUUUUUGGAAAAUCUUUUGUCACAGUUCUUGCAAUUUAAAAAUGUAGAGCCUAUAAAUACAAGUUAGAGAACAUUAAACUGUCCAAGGUUCAGCUAAAUAGCAGCUAAAUCGACAAAUUUAUUUCAGCAGCAGAGUUACUUUUUUCCCGCUCACACCUUUCUUUUUUCCUUUUUCCUGCUCUGUCCAUCCUGUUGGGAGUUUUUGCAUCAUACUUUUAUCUUCAUCCUCCUCUCGGUUGGAGGAAAUGGCCCUGUCUGCUUCGAUACGAGAACGGACCACGGGAAGUUGAUCCCUACAGGGAGUGAGGCUGAGAGACAAACAAGGAGAGAGAGAGAGAGUGGAAUAUGUCGUGGAAGAGGAAUUACUUUGCAUCAGGUAGCAGUGGAAGUGGUGUUGGUGGAGGCAGCGGCAGCGGCGGUGGCGGUGGUGUGGAUGGUGGGAUGCAGGGAAUCUUGACGCCUCGCACCAUGACGUCCAUCGCUCCCAGUAAAGGGUUGAGCAACGAACCUGGACAGAACAGCUGCUUCCUGAACAGUGCCCUGCAGGUCCUGUGGCACCUCGAUAUCUUCCGUCGUAGUUUCCGUCAGCUGACAACUCACAAGUGUAUGGAGGACUCAUGCAUUUUCUGCGCUCUUAAGAGUAUCUUCGCUCAGUUUCAGUACAGCAGUGAGAAGGUUUUACCGUCCGACGCUCUUCGCAGUGCGCUCGCCAAAACCUUCCAGGAUGAGCAGAGGUUUCAGCUCGGCAUCAUGGACGAUGCUGCAGAGUGCUUCGAAAACAUCCUGAUGAGGAUUCACUUCCACAUUGCAGAUGAGACCAAAGAAGACAUUUGCACAGCCAGACACUGCAUCCCUCACCAGAAGUUUGCCAUGACACUCUUUGAACAGUGUGUGUGCAGCAGCUGUGGAGCGUCCUCAGACCCUCUGCCCUUCAUUCAGAUGGUCCACUACAUCUCCACCACCUCGCUGUGCAAUCAGGCAGUGAAGAUGUUAGAGUCGAGGGACAAGGCAACUCCCAGCAUGUUUGGCGAGCUGCUGAGAAACGCCAGCAUGGGAGACCUCCGCAACUGUCCUAGUCAGUGUGGUCAGCAGCUCAGGAUGGCUCGUGUCCUCCUCAACAGUCCAGAGAUCAUCACCAUUGGUCUGGUUUGGGACUCUGAUCACUCAGACCUGGCUGAAGACGUCAUUCACACCCUUGGGACCUGCCUGCGUCUGGGUGAUUUGUUUUACCGGGUGACGGAAGAGAAGGCCCGUCAGUCGGAACUCUAUCUGGUUGGCAUGGUCUGUUACUACGGGAAACAUUACUCCACCUUCUUCUUCCAAACAAAGAUCAGACGAUGGAUGUACUUCGAUGAUGCACAUGUCAAGGAGAUCGGUCCUAAGUGGAAGGACGUGGUUUCUCGCUGCAUCAAGGGCCACUACCAGCCUCUGCUGCUGCUGUAUGCUGACCCCCGGGGGACACCAGUUUCAGCGCAGGACCUGCCCUCACGCCUUGACCUCCACCACCUCAACAAGGCCUGUUACGACAGCGAAGACUCGGGCCGCGAGCCGUCAAUCUCCAGCGACACUCGCACCGAUUCGUCGACGGAGAGCUACUCGUACCGACAGCCCUCCCAUUCUCACCAUGAGUCCCUGGCCAGUCACUACUCCUCUGACUCCCAGGGAACCGUCAUCUGCCUCGAACGCCCAGAUGGACCCCUGCAUGCCUCGCUCUGCAGCCUGGAUACCAUAGGCCACGUGACGGACAGUGAGCAGCACCAAUCUCUGAGGAAGGGAGGCGGGGCUGGGGAUAGGAGGCGGAGCUCUAGCCGCACCCGGCGAUCUAAACCUGACAAGGAGGCCUCGUCGGCCGGGUACCACAGCGAGGGAGAGACGCUGAAGGAGCAGCAGGUUCCUCGUCACCUCCCCAAACCUCCCUCCUCCUUCUCAUCCUCAACUAGUCGCCUCCGAGACUUCAAGGAGACCAUGAGCAACAUCAUCCACAGCCGACCCCUCUCCUCCUCUUCCUCCACUUCUUUACCGGCUGCUGUCCUCUCGUCUGAAAUUACCUCCUCCACCAACAGCCACCACCACCCUGUCACUGCUUCCACUCCCUGCUCAUCCUCCUCCAAUAAACCUCAUGACUGGGAGGCUGACAGCACCAGUAGUGAGUCCAAGUCCAGCUCCUCUGGAGGGACAGGGUCAGGGAGGUAUCGGCCAGCAUGGAAGCCCCGGAGGGAGGCACUCAACAUCGACAGCAUCUUUACCCGUGAGAGGCGAAGGCAGGCGGGAUACAGCCCACUCGGAGCCUCCCUGCCCGACGACUGUGGAGCUACAGCCUCCGAGGGAGCCGAUGCCUCCUUCCUGGUCCCGCCAGAGGUGAUGCCGGUCAGGCUGGGCUCCUCCUGGACUCUCCCCAAUACCUCCAGCAGCCACAGAGGAGGACCUGCAGGUGGAGGUGGAAGUGCAGGAGGUGUAGGGGGUGCAGAGCUGCCUCCCCCUCCUCCUCCUCCUCCCAGGCUGAUCCAAAGGAUGGAGAGCGGAUACGAGAGCAGCGAGAGGAACAGCAGCAGCCCGGUCAGCCUGGACCUGAAUGUGGGUGACAGAGAGUGUGUUGUGAAGAAGGCUUCGAUCUCCUCCUCUUCCUCGGGACCGUCAUGGAGGAACAUCAGGUCAAAAAGCAGUGGUGCUUUGCUGCAGGAGGUCAGCUCUUCCAGCAGGGGGAGCCUUGCGCCCCCCGCAGGCCGCAGCGAGCUGGAUGAGUUGCAGGAGGAGGUGCUGAGGAGAGCAAGGGAAGAGGAGCAGCAGCGACGACAGGAGAAGGAGAGAGAGGCGGCGCUCGGCUUCAACCCAAGACCCAGCAAGUACCUGGACCUGGACCAGCUGCAGAUCCAGGGUAAAGGUGACAGCUUCGAGCGGUGUGUGUCAGAGGCGGAGCUCCUGCUGGACCAGUCGGUGCGUCUGGAACAAGCGGGCGAGGUCGCCGCGGCGCUGUCGGCUGUCAAUGAAGCAGUCUCCAAACUGCGGCCCAUGGCGGCUGAGAGUGGAGCUAGUAGUCACAGCCGGCUGCAGCGCUGCAUGAGGAGAGCCCGCAGCCUGCAGCAACGCAUGCAACUGCAGAAGCAGCAGGACUCAGAGGCAGUCAGACAGCAACCACAGCAACCAGAGCAACAACAGGAGGAGGGGCAGCAGCUCCAGGAACAGUCCAGUGAAAAGCCUCUCACGCUCCAAAUACUUCUGACAAACAGACAGGGCGACCAGUCAGCUACCAGUCAGGACCAACAAGCCCCGCCUCUCUCUCCCUGCCUUGUUAAGCCCCCUCCCCCCACAACAAACAAAGUCUCUGACCCUGCUUCCAGCACCGUGGCCCCUACAUGUUCUCCCAAAGAGGACAGCAGGACUGGGGGCCCCUGUUCUCGCACUGAGAAACCCCUAUCUAACACUGGGUCCCUCCCUGCUGUGUGUGUGGACACCUGGGAGCAGAGUCUGGAUGAUUUGGCUCCACCCCUUCUACCUGAUGAUGCAGACCAUUCUGCCCAGUGGGCCAGAAAGCCGCCUGUUCCCAUCCCAGCACAAGCCCCACCCCCACCCAGGCUGUACUCCCGAACCCCAUCGCCCGUCAACACCAAUGACAGGUGCCAUCUGAUGAUGCAGGACGAGCCAUAUUACAUCAGACAGCCACAAACGCCACCCCCUGUAUCUAGCCCCGCCACCAGACUAGCACCUACCCCUCCCACAUGUCCCACCAGAAACUGGUCCUGCUUACACCUGGACAUGCCCGAUGUUGUUGAUUCUCCUGAUCCACCAAGCUAUACACCCCCCGACUCACCCUUCAGUGCCCCUCCGCCUCCUGCGAAUCGGCCAGGUCGGACCUCCUCUCCGCCCCCCAGCCAGGACUACAGAGCAGCCCUGCCUGUGGAGCGCUGGGCAGAGAAUGUCAACAGAUACUACGGGUCCCAGACUGCAGCAGGAGGAGGAGGAGGAGGGGAAGAGGCAGUGCCCGGUGAGGAGCUGUCAGAGCUGGACUCGCUGUACCAGGCCAGUCUGCUGGCUCCCAGCAUGCACCGGGGCAGCCGUGGAGUCAGUCCUCAGCCAACCAGCAACAAACCAGGUGUGAGGAGAAUGAUGCCAGGAUCCGGACGGUCCAAAACACCAACGGCAGAGCUAGAGAGAUAUGCCUACCGAACACCGGUUACACCUCUGCAUAAGCAGCCGUCAGGUGAGGACGAGAGCUACAGCGCAGAAAACCUGCGACGCAUCGCCCGCAGCCUGAGUGGAACCGUCAUCGGGUCACGACCCCAAAAUUUUGGCCUUUCCCGCAGCUGUGACCCCUCUGUGUCCAGGCCCCCCCCCAGACACGCCGACCUCUACGCCUCCUCUUCCUCCACCCUCCUCCGUCGCCCCAGCACUUCCUCCCUGCACCUCCCUUCUGCCUCUUCCUCCUCCUCCACCUCCUUCACUACAGAUCCCUCCUACCAGUACCUCCAACACCUCCAACACCACCAACCCCGACACCACGGCCCCUCACCUCCUGCACCUCCUCCACAGCACCCCCCCUUGCAGACAUCACGGCCCCACAGCUCGGGCCUCUCCUCCUGGGGACGCACAGGAGCUGGACCGAGUGUCCAGCAGCAGUUUCUGGUUGUGUCUGACCGGCAUCAAGCUCUCUCAGGUCAAGGCCUCCACAGCGUCGCGAUGAGUUAUGGCACUCUGCCCCGGGCUCCUCGCCGAGCCCCACCUUCCUCCUCCUCCCUCCCCAGGCCCAGAACUGGCUCCGGUCCGGCAACCCCACCUGGUCCACAGAAUCUCUACGCCACCCUGUCCCACCCUCGCCGCUCGGCCACCACCGCAACAAACGGCCACUACCGGCAACCAUCUCUGCCCGUUAAAGUCAACGGUCCGACCCACUACGCUCCUCACCACCUCAGGGUGCCGGGGGAAGCCCCCACCCAGCCUCUUCGUCUGGACAUCCCCCCUGAGAGCGACUGGCGCCGCGAUGCCGACUACAGGACUGUCCAACGCAGCUCCUCCUGGGACCUCCGCGCCGCUCGCCACCACCAGCCCCUCCAGCGGACCGACUCCCAUCAGCCUCCUCUGCCCCGGCCCCGCAGGGACCCUAUGCUCUGCUCCCUCUGCCAGCAGCUUCCCGCUGAGCCGUCACGCCCCUACUGCCCGUCCUGUGGCGCUUACGUGGCUCGGUUCCGCCCGACCAGCUGAUCAGGCCUGAGGCUCACAGCAAGGGUGCCCCCUUCCCCUCCCUGACAAUUUUUCACAUUUUUUUUGUUCGGCAGAUUCCCCAACAGCAGAGCUUUAUUUCAAAUGUCUCAUAUCCAUCAUUACCUGAAAUCUUAACAGUGAGGAUUCAGCCUGUUUUUUGUAUUUAAAGUGUGCCAACAUUUCUUUAAACUGAAAGCUGCUCAUCGUUUUGUCAGGCUGAUGGUGGAUAUGUUAUUUUGGAAUAAAAUUCUUUGACUGGUCUGCAGCAUCAUCUGGGGAGACAAACAAGAUCUUAAUUUAGACAUCUGGCACUUUAAAGCUGGGGUGGGCAGAAAUCUAGAAAUGCCAGGAUUUGAAAGCACAGCCCUCCUCCUGCAGCUCUCCCCUCUCCCCGCUCCUCCUCACCAGACGAGCACGAGCAUGCGCUUCAAAGACGGCAGCUGUGAGUCUUUGGCUACGGUUAGCAGAAGGCUACGUAACCACUUCACCGAUACUGACACAUAUCGAGUUGGACGGACGCUUACGCACGCACAUCUGCAUUUGUAGAACAGUCAGUAGGAAUGCUUACACUCUCUAAAAAGACCUGUGAUUGGCCUAGAGUCUGCCAGCACGGCCGAUAGACGGUAGAUUUUCUAAAGCCUGAAAACAGAGCCCAGAGGAGGUGCGGCGUAGUUUUCUCUCGGACCACUUGAAUUACUAAUGUGCUGACAGGUGGUUUUUGCCCAGUGAUGCCAAAAAAUGACUGCCUGCCCCAGCUUUAAGAGUCUUUUGCCGUUCUGUGGGAAUUUUUAACGACAGUCUCAUUUUCAGAACAGUCGCCUUUUCUCCUGCUUCACAACACACAUUCACAUUCAGAACCCACCUUGCCUUGUCCCUCCCAGCCCCCAUCUGGACGCCUACAGCAAGACCACUAAACGAACAAUAUCACACAGACAGAUCUCCUACAGUCAGUAUAUGUCUAUGAAUGUCUGCUGGAUUGAAGCACAUUUAUAUUUCUAAUCGAGAUAAAGCACCCUAAUACAGAGCAGGAUAGUGGAGAAAAGCUGGCAGAUGACGGAUGGAUGAUGAACUCUGGACAAGAUUGAAAAGCCAAGUUUUGUGAUGAACAGCAGGUCCGUGUGAUCAGUCCAUACAGACGCUGCUGCUAACCUGCUGUCUGUUGAACUGCUAACAAAAUAAGAAAAAACUGUUUUGAAACCGCGUCACCAGAAGUUUAUUUUUUACGCUUUUUAAAGUGGAUUGUUUUGAGAGAAAAUUAACAUUGGCCACUCUGAAAAAUGUGCCAUCAGUCAGGCUGGAGUAAAAAUGACUAAAUGAUUCAUUAGUACGGAAAAUGUGUUCAAUCUGACUGCAGCGUGUGCAGCUGAACAGACAGCAGGUUCCUUGAAGCGGCUGAACCUUCACAGCUGCUCGCAUCGACACAGGAAGUGAAGGACACAAGACAUGACAGGAAGACAGGAAAUAGAGAAGGAACUUUUGAGGGAGUUCCUUCCUUCAGACUCCCUGAGGACCUCUGAUUAUAAAUCCACUCAACUUAUUCCUCUAUUUAUUUUUGUAGGCUUGUCAGACUGAGUUGUGCAUAGAUUAACUAAACUAUUCUACCUGCCUAACCUGAGUAUACUCUACUAUAGACCUGAUCUAAUUUUAUAAAGUGAGUUAGUCACCUUGUUUGGGAUGUCCAGCCUUCUUAUACUUGUACAUGAGGCUGAUUUCUGUCAUUUCAGAGCCUGUUAGAGGAUUUUAGAUGAAGAACUAAAGCUUUUAUUUUAACAGAGUUGCAGCUAAUAUUUAGCAUGAUGUUUUCAGACGUAUUAUAGCCUUGAGAGAAUCACUCGACUUUGGUGUACAUUUAUUGUAAUGAUGAUAUAUGCAGAUCCUUUUUAGUGCAGUGACUCGACUGCAUUUAAUGCUAAUUUAGUGCACUUCACAAGUGUUGAAGAUAGAUUUCUUUCUUUUUUUGCUUGUCGCUGAUUUCUUUCGACAUCUCUCCCAUCGCUCAGGGAGGAGCUUCUCUUGUGUUUCUACUCAGACCACAUUAGGUUGGUUUGGUAGAUUAUGAAGGAACACCUUAAAAUCAAGAAUGCUGUUUGUGAACAGACUGAAAGCCUUGUGUCCUACUGCCAAGAAUCCAGGGGAAUUCUGCUAGAAGUGCUGACCCCCACUCACCUGGUGCUCCAGGUGAGUUAAAACAAGGAAACCCAAGUCUGGUCUGAAGUCUGGGAAACGUUGACUUAUUUCACCCAUUAUUUUCCUGCAGAUUACUGAAGAUAUUGAUAAUUACGAUGACUAGUCACUUAUAUUAAUAAGGAGCUAAAUGUGAAAUAAUAAUGUUUAUCGAUUCCUUAAAACAUCCCCUUCGUUGCAGCCCUGAUGUUGGUACAAACAGAGGCUCUCAUCUGCUGUUUGACAGAAUAUCACCUUUUCACAAUAAAACCUGAUUUUAAUUCAACUUUGAAAUUUGCAUUUCAGACCAGACCUGAGUUGAUUAUAGUAAAGAUGCAACACAAAGUGUCAGUAAUUCAAAUGAAGUUAUUUUUUCAUCAUGUCAAAGUUCGUGUUUUGGCUUUUUUUUUGCUUCACCAGAUUUUAUUUUGUUGAUUUUGGUAUAUUUUUGAUGCUUAUUUUUCUACACUGUAGACUUAACAGAAAUGAUAAGAUGAUUAAAAUGUUUAAGGACAAGUUUAGAGUGUCUUAGAUUUUUAUUUUAGUAGCAAAUCAUCACAUUUACUGUGGAAGCUGCUCACCUGCUGUGACAUCCUUCAGCUGAUUCCUUUAACUUCACCACAGUUUGAAGUGUUUUUGCCUGAAUUGACUUCAUAUGUUUGUUGGAUUUUCCUGAUGCAUUUAUCAUGCAUUAGUAAUGUUUGAGUUUUGAUUCUUUAGUCAAACGGGUGUGAUGGAUUUGGAGUCUGAAUGUUUGACAGACUAAGAAAUUUAAACCAAAGAGAGAAAGUAUAACAUCAUGAAUGGCUGGUAAAAAAUCUGUUCAGAUUAGUUCAGUUUUUAUUUUGUUUCCCAUACAACAGCUGAGCAGAGUGUGGUCUGUGUUCAGAUACAGAGACUUGGUCAUUUGAGAUGUUCACAUUUCUUUUCCUGCUGAUUCAGUAGAACUUUUCCCAGCAGACAUGUUGACUUGUCACAGCAGCGCGGUCGUUUUUGAUGUUAUCAGUUCCACCUGUGCUUUCCCUGCUCAGAUGAGCCGACGUGUCUGCUGUGAAAAAGCUCUCAGCCUUUUGUGUUUUCAUGCUGUGCUGACGGAAAGAUUCUGUAUUUUUGCAAUAAAGUCGUCAGCACUCAGAGGAGGAGCAGCUGAAAUAA